AUGAAGGAAGAUGAUGCGAUUAUAUAUACGUACGGAAGUAGUGUGCCCGAUGCCGCUCGAUACACGCCCCCGGAGGUUGUUAAAACAGGAUGGGAUACUAUCAAGCGCAAUCCUUUGGCAGCAGUUGAUGCCUACGGGCUGGGUAUUUUGAUCUUCGAGGUUUUCAAUGGGGGUUUUUCUGGCGGCGACCAAGCUGGCAAGACGACGAACAUUCCUCCCAGCAUGCAGCAAAGCUAUAAACGUCUCUGCACCGCCAACCCGAAGCUACGGCUGAGCCCGGGGCAUUUCGUGGAGCAGGGAAAGAAACAAGGUGGAUUCUUCCAGACACCACUCAUUCGAAUGACUGAAGACAUCGACAGCUUGGGGCUAAAGAGUGACGCUGAGCGUGAAGAAUUUAUUAAUGAGCUUGAUAAUCUUUCUGGAGACUUCCCAGAGGAAUUCUUCAAGAUGAAGGUGCUCCCCGAGCUACUAAAGUCCGUCGAGUUUGGCGGCGGUGGGCCGAAAGUUCUUGGAGCUACCCUAAAGAUUGGAGCAAAGCUGUCAGCAGAAGAAUUCAACGCGAAGCUGACUCCUGUCAUUGUCCGCUUAUUUGGCAACCCUGAUCGAGCAUUGCGCGUCUGCCUUUUGGAUAACCUUCCGUCAAUGAUCGAUAAUCUUCCUCAGAGGGUUGUCAAUGACAAGAUCUUCCCUCAAAUGACUUCUGGUUUCACCGAUGUUGCCCCGGUGGUUCGAGAACAGACAGUGAAGGCCGUUCUGACCAUCAUCAACAAACUCAACGAUAGGAUUGUCAAUGGAGAACUCUUGAAGUUCCUCGCCCGCACUGCUAACGAUGAGCAACCUGGUAUCCGGACAAAUACCACAAUUUGUCUUGGCCGGAUUGCCAAGAACCUAAGUCAAAGUACUCGCUCCAAGGUGCUUAUUGCAGCAUUCACGAGAUCUAUCAGAGACCCCUUUGUGCACGCUCGAAAUGCAGGACUUCUGGCUCUGUCUGCGACUAUCGAUGUAUUUAGCGAGGAAGAUUGUGCCGUUAGGAUUCUACCCGCCAUUUGCCCUGGACUUUUGGACAAGGAAAAAUUAAUCCGCGACCAAGCGAACAAGACACUUGAUUUGUAUGUCCAGCGGACACGGAAAUAUGCCAGCACGAUGCCAGACACCGUCCUACCCCCUGUCGCACCCGCAGAAGUCAGCAAACCCGAUGCUCGUGUUGGAACCCCCAGUGACAACUCUUGGACCGGCUGGGCUAUUUCAUCAUUCACGAACAAAGUCACAACAGCUAACGGCGAGAUUGAACCCACCGCGAACGCUAGCAAGCCUGUUGAUCCCGAUACUGCCCGCUCAGCGUCGGUUCCUCGUCCCGCCAAACCAACAACCCCAACCCCAGCCGGACUACCGAAACAAGUUCUCCGUCCCACAGCUCAGCCCUUGAACCGGUCAAUGUCAGAUCGCCCGGCUCCGGUGGUCCACAACGAGGAGCCCGAAGAAGAGGGCGACGACGUCUUCGAUGCCUGGGGUGCUAUGGACGACGACGACGAAAAAGACGACGACCCGUUCACUGCUGCUCUAGCCUCUCCAAAACCCACAUCUCCUGUUCCCUCAUCAAUCAAAGCCUCCGCGGUGCCCUACGAUGACGGCGGCGAACCCGAUUUCGCCGGCUGGCUGGCCGCGAAGUCUCAGACCAAGGCUAAAAAUCCCUUGCCAAAGGGUCUGACCAAGGCCGCUUCUACCAACGCCGUUACCACACGGUCGACGAUAAGCACUGCUAAGCCUCGGACUGUUGUUGCACCUAAGAAGAUCGAUACUAAACCUAAAGAUGAGGAGGCCGACGAUUGGGGAGACGCAUGGGACUAA